AUGGCCGACGCCAACAUCCAAGAGCUUCUGCAGAAGCCGCGAAACGAGUGCACGGAGUACGAGAUCGCACAGCUGGAACAAUGGGAAUUUAGCAACGGCCCGCUGUCCAUUCUGCAAACUGCGGUCCGCACACACACGCAGGUGCUCAUCAGCAUCCGCUCGAACCGGAAAUUGCUCGCGCGUGUCAAGGCUUUCGACCGGCAUUGCAACAUGAUUCUCGAGAACGUCAAAGAGAUGUGGACAGAGACACCCGUGACCAAUGGCAAGAAGGGCCGGCCCGUGAACAAGGACCGUUUUAUCAGCAAGAUGUUCUUGCGGGGGGACAGCGUGAUUCUCGUUCUGUUGAGUUGA